AGAAAAUCCAAAAUAAUCAAACACAUCGGUGGGCCCAACUUUGUUCAUCCUCUUCCAAGCCAAAAGCCCAAAGGUCCUCAUUCUUCCGCCAAUCUAAUCCAUUUAUCCGUUAAGGCAGUGGCAGGGGAUGGAUGGAAUAAUGGAUUACUUUAGGGGUAUAACCGUAAAAAAGAAAGAAAGAAUCGUAUCAGCAGGGCGGGCCCAGCAGCUCUCCCAAAGUCCCACGUUAAGGAUGAGGAAAUUGUAAACUAAUGGGCUACGCAGUACAGCCAAAGUCAAGAAGAGAGACUAUUAGAAUUCAUUUUAGAGCAAAGACUCAAAAUUACUCUCAAUUGCUCCAUCCAUCCAUCAUCAUCAUCAACAACUGAACAGAGCUUAUAUUUAAGCUUUUCUGUUCAACAAUUCGUUUCCAACUCCCAUGAUUUCAUCCCACUUUUCAACGGGAAACCCCGAAUUUUAUACGAUAUACUAGUUCAUACCUUCUUUUCAUUCUUUGGGUCGCCCUUUUCAAUCCCUCUUUUUUUGUAGAAGGGGGAAUUAAUUAAGAUUACGAAUGGGAAGAGCGUUUGUGUAUGUAAUACUGGGAGGGGGAGUGGCAGCUGGCUAUGCAGCUCACGAAUUUGUGAAAAGAGGUGUUUCUCAAGGCGAACUUUGCAUCAUUUCCGAGGAGCCAGUAAUGUUUCCCACUCUUUUUUCUUAUCUACUUCCGUUUUUCAUUCUUGUUCGGUUGUUUCCCGGAAUUUCGUAUCAUUUUCUCGAAGCGGUUCUUUUCAUUCUUUUGAAUUGGAGCACGUUUCAGGACGGAAUUGUGGAUGGUUUUUGUCUCAAUUUUUCCCUUUGGAUGGUUGUUAGUGUUCGGUAUUGAAUUCAGUGGGUUUAAUUUUGGUGUUAUUACUGUUUAAGUAGUUAUAUUUAUCAUAGAAAUGUAUUAUUAUUGGUGGUCCUAUGGAUGCAUGUCUGGUAGGAGAUAAGCAUGCUGUAUAUUUAAUUCGUGUGUCAAGAUUUCUUUUGCUUUGUAAUCAACAUGUAUUGGAUGGUAUGUAAUGUUCGAUUAGUUUGGAGUUGCAUAAGAAUUGAGCUCUACUUGUAUCGAGAAUUUUAAUGAACAAUAUGCUGUUUCUGUCCUUUGCAAAUUAGGCUUGUAGUUAAUUUGUCUCUUAUCACGUUUUAAGACCCUUCCCUAUUCGAUAAAAUUCUGACCAUAACAUGAAAUUAUGUGGAUACUGUGUAGGUUGCUCCCUAUGAAAGACCUGCAUUGAGCAAAGGUUUUCUACUCCCAGAAGGUAUGUAUAUUUCAUGUCGUUUUUUCCUGUUCAGUUACGCCAUUUCAAGACUGGCCGAUAGCAUCAAUUUUUAGCUGGGAAAGAUGAUCAAACUUCAUCAUGACUGUAAUUUUCCAAUCCUGAAACAACUUUUGUUUGCUUGAUGAAAUGGAUGCCUCAGGAAUCAAUCAGUUCCUGAAAUUUUUUGGAACUUCUAAUUUCUUGGAAUGUGUUGGUUUUGAGUGUUGAACUCUUUAUGUCUGUACUUUUCUUAUAUGUGAGGGUUAAGGGAGGCAGAUGAUGGGUGGGCAAACACGUGUGGCAAUAUUAUGAGGGCAACCCCUUUGUAGGUUACGGUUAUUCUGGAACAUUGCCAUGAAUCUCACUGCCCAUUUUUUCUAACAUCCACUUGGGAAUGUGAUAUGUAAUUGGAAGUUUCUUAGGUAUAUCUUACCCCCACACCUGUGCAUUCAUUUAUACUUUUCCUGCAUAAUUGUAGAGAGACUUGUUUGUUUUGUGCUUGUGCUAAAUAGCAAACAUCAGGGCUGUGAAUAUUGCUUCCUUUGAUUGUCUUGUAUUGUUACUGUAUGGAAAUACUAUUCUUCUGGUUUUUGUUCUAAUUUUUUAGAAUGAUCUAAUUUUUAGCUUACCUACAUGCAGCUCCUGCACGACUGCCUUCCUUCCACUGCUGCGUAGGCACAAAUGAAGAAAGAUUAACUCCAAAAUGGUAUAAAGAGCAUGGUAAUUAGCACUUGAGUCUUUUUGAAAUUGUUUCUUAUGAAUUCCCAGAUUCUACUGCAAUAUAUGUGAUAUCUUAGAUGUGAUGCCUCUAUUUUGUUGUGUAAAUACAUAAAUAUUCUCUGCUCGCUUUUUUUCUAGUUCAAUAAUUGAAAAUGAAUUUCCCUUGCGAGGAUGUAAAUUUUUUGAGCUGGACAGAACCAGUACAUAAACUGAAAACUGCAUUUUUGCGGUUCAACUUUACCUUCUGCGGAAUUGUAGCUAAGUGUUCUUAAGCCCUGGCAUGAUUAGAUGUCGAUGCCCUGCCUUUGUUUAUAUUCUUUUUCAAUGGCGACAUUUUACUGAUGUGAAGGCCAAUCGUGUUAAUGUAUUGACAUGGGUAUAAGGAAUAAUGCUAAUGUACAUCGAUGUGUUCUUUUAGGUAUUGAGUUGAUUCUUGGAACACGGGUUAAGUCUGCAGAUGUGAGGCGGAAGACACUUAUGACUGCAACUGGAGAAACAAUAAGCUACAAAUUUCUCAUUGUUGCUACAGGUGCUCGGGUAUGAUUGCUAAAUCUUGAUGUUUCUAAUAUGUUUACGUAUUUCAUUCUGGUACUUCAACAUUGUUCCUCUAAAAGAUGGAAUGUUUAAAUCAAGCAUCUUUCUCUGCUUUCUAUUACAUUCUCAAACAGAAAACGAGAGGUGUAUAAUGACUAUAUUCUUCGUGUGUAUCUAGUUCUUCGUUGAAAAGUUUAUGGUGGUCUCUGAAAUUUUGUACCCGGAAGUGAGUUUCUGUUUCAGUGGUGCAGUAAAUAUAUGGAAUUUUUGUGCCUAAAUGGGUUCAACUAUCAUAUUAUGCUGGCUGUAAUAUGGAUACUGAACCGAAAUAAUGUAGUAAUGUGCAUCCCAAACUUGGCAACUGUAUCAAUUUUACUUACCUAAUUUACUAGAGUUUUGGCAUAUGUGGAUGCAGGCUUUGAAGCUUGAAGAGUUUGGAGUGACUGGAUCAGAUGCUGAAAAUGUGUGUUAUUUGAGGGAUUUAGCUGAUGCAACUAGGCUUGUAAACGUGAUGCAGUCUUCUAAAGAUGGGAAUGCUGUUGUCAUUGGUGGAGGAUAUAUAGGAAUGGAAUGUGCUGCUUCUUUGGUCAUAAACAAUAUAAAUGUCACCAUGGUCUUCCCAGAGGCUCAUUGUAUGGGCCGUUUGUUUACACCCAAGAUUGCAAGUUACUAUGAAGAAUUUUACCAGUCUAAGGGAGUGAAGUUUAUCAAAGGAACUGUCUUGACAUCAUUCGAUUUGAACUCUGAUGGGAAGGUCACUGCAGUUAAUCUAAGAGAUGGGAGCAAGCUUCCCGCUGAUAUGGUUGUGAUUGGGAUUGGGAUCCGUGCAAACACCAGUCUGUUUGAAGGACAGCUGACAUUAGAGAAAGGUGGCAUUAAGGUGAAUGGAAAGAUGCAAUCGAGCAACACUUCAGUCUAUGCAGUAGGGGAUGUUGCAGCAUUUCCUGUGAAAGUAUUUGGUGAAACACGCAGGCUGGAGCAUGUAGAUUCUGCCCGAAAGUCAGCUAGGCAUGCAGUCGCUGCCAUCAUGCAACCUGAAACAACUGGCGAAUUUGACUACUUGCCAUUCUUCUAUUCCCGCGUCUUUACAUUAUCUUGGCAGUUUUAUGGCGACAAUGUGGGGGAAGCAGUUCAUUUUGGGGAUUUCACCGGCAAAACUUUUGGUGCUUAUUGGAUAAAUAAGGGUCAUCUCAUCGGAUCAUUCCUUGAAGGUGGAACUAAGGAGGAGUAUGAGGCUAUAGCAAAGAUCACAAGGCUUAAACCUGAAAUUCAAGACCUUAGUGAGCUAGAGAAGCAGGGUUUGGGAUUUGCCUUGACAGAGAGUGAAAAGUUGUCAUUACCACCGACAUCACCUGUGCCUGCUGCUAGUAGUUCUAGUCUCGUGGUCGCAGAAAAACCGUUGCACCCUUGGCAUGCUGCAGCUGGUGUGAUUUUAGCUGCAUCAGUAGCAGCCUUCGCAUACUGGUAUGGAAAAAAGCGUCGAAGGUGGUAGAAAAUGUGCCGGUGACAUUCUUUCUACCGAUGUUCAUAUAGUGUAGUUCCCGUGUUGUACUGCACCCUUAUGGGGGAGUUUAAAACUUCUGUUUACACGCAGAAAAUGGUCUCAUGUUAUACAUAUGAACUCGAACUCAAUGUUGUUCAAUAAUAGAUGUUACUGCUUUGAUCAGUGAAUCCAGUUGCAACUAGCUAUUUUUGUGCUUUCACAGCUGGGACACAAUGUACCUAGCCAAAUCUUGGAGAGACAUAAUAAGUCUCGUGUAUGAGAAAGCCAUAGUUUGUGUAGGGCGUAUAUUUUUUUUGAUAUUGUCCCUAAUUGAUGAAUAUACAAGAGAGCGAACAGUCUAGGGCUUCCUGUACGCAUCAAAGCUG